UUAGUGAGCUGAUGCUUAUGUGGAUUAGUCUGUCUCUCUCUACGUCUGUGCUCCUUUUCCUCUGCUACAUUUUGCGCACGAAUCACGUUUCAGCAACCACGUCGAAAGUGUUUGGACUUCAUCCCUAUAGGAACGGCGGAGAUAGCUGCUAUAACACAGAGAAGGUCUAAUUACCGGACUUUGUGCUGGUGCAGGCUACACGUGAGUCGGAAGCUGUUCCCUACCGGAGGCGCGCGUGCGCUGUGACCACAGCACUGACGGCUUUACGAAGUAGCAGCUCAGGGAACUAUAGACAUCAGUCUGAAGAGCAGCUCCACUGGAGGACACGCACUGUGCAUCAUCUCCCUCAGCCGUCCGUCUGUGGGUCGAGGAAUAACAAACAUUUCCAAAAAAAGCUCAGGAGCGGAUAACCAGCAGCAGAGAAGUGAUGGAUGAAAGAAUACCGCAUUUACAGGACAGGCAGUUCAUGGAGCACGCAGAUUUCUUGGGGGUGGACUACCCCUCUCUCUACAUGUGCAAAUCCAAAAGAGGAAUAAAGCGAGAGGAUGGUGGGAAGCAGGACGCAUACAAGUUACCACACCGGUUGAUAGAGAAGAAGAGGAGAGACAGAAUCAACGAAUGUAUUGGCCAGCUGAAGGAUUUGUUACCCGAACAUCUGAAGCUGUCGACGCUCGGGCAUUUGGAGAAAGCAGUUGUCCUGGAGUUAACACUGAAACAUUUAAACGCACUGACUGCUGUCACUGAGCAGCAGCACCAAAAGAUCAUCGCUCUGCAGAAUGGGGACCGGUCGAUGAAAUCGUCCAUUCAUGCAGAUCUGGAUGCGUUCCACUCCGGGUUCCAGGCCUGUGCCAAAGAGGUCCUGCAGCACUUGAGUCAGUUUGAGAACUGGACGACACGAGAGCAGAGGUGCGCGCAGCUCAUCAACCACCUUCACAAGGUGUUGACGCAGUUCCAGCCCGGCGCGCCGCCGCUCCAGCACCAGCUGGACGCACAGGAUGGGCAGAAAGCCGACAGCCAAGCUAACUGUGUCCCGGUCAUCCAGAGGACCCAAGGCGGGGAGCUUAACGAGAAUGACACAGACACUGACAGUGGAUACGGGGGCGAGGCUGAAAAGAGCGAUGGCAAAGAUAAAGAAUGUGAGCGCAAUAAGGCGCAGGGACACAAAGCAGUGAAGAUCAAGCAAGAGUUUGGAGAUGAUCGCGCUGCCAAAAAACCAAAGAUGAACUGGCCUGGGUACGGGUUAGGGGGCACAGACCCCACCAGGCCAGAUCUGGCGUUUAUGAACUCUCUGAUGGGAAUAAGCAGUGUGGGACAGCAGACACCUAUUUGCAUGCCUUUCUACUUCAUCAACCCUUCGGCCGCGGCGUCUUAUAUGCCUUUUUUCGAUAAAAGCAACAUUGAAAAGUACAUGUACCCAGCGGCGGCCGCUCUUGCAUCCCCUUUCCCCUGGCUAUACCCUGCACACGCGUCAGCAGCGGCGGCCGCGGCGGCUGCUGCCGCUUUCCCUGGCUUAUCUGCGCACUUUGGAGCCUCUCCUCAGUCCAACGACUCCCUCAGUCCAGACAGCGACGAGUCACACGAGGUUGAGACAGGCUCACCUGAGGAGCGCGAGGAAAGUCCCGCGAGUGACGACGGGGAGGGUGACGUAGCUGAGGAGAGCCCACAUGAUCGGUUUUCUGCUUGUCAAACGAGCUAAUUUGUCUGUUACCUUUCCGCGCAUUCUGCUGAGGAGUUUAUGUAUUUCAUUUUUUAAAUUAGGCAAGUUUUAAAACGAGGUUUCACAGAAGAGUUUCUCAUGUAUCUUGGCGAAACAGGGGACAGUUGUGACGGCGUGUGCCUUUUGCACUUAUAGAUUAAUCAAUCUAAACGGUUAUCGAUAAUGAUUGACAUUAAUAGGCACGGCUGUGUUGUGCUGGAGUUAGUUUUGUAAUCCUCUUUGAUAAAAUAUUUUGAAAUGGCAGCAUUGGUGCCAAACCUUUGAGUACUACAACAGUGCGCACUAUCCCAAUCAGCGAGUCUCUUUGGAUGUAUGAAGUUGCAACUGACCUCUGCCAAGGUCAUUAAGAGCUUGGCUGACUCUGACUGUAAAUAUUAUUACCUGGAAGACAGUCUGAUUCAUGUAAAUGUGCACUAAAUGGGCCUAUUAAAAAAAGUGUAACUCCCAAAGUACCUCAUCCCCAACUUUCACUUUAGUGGGCUGAUUGGGAGGCACAUUACUGUCCCUCCUGAGAAGAAAUUAAUGGUACCCCCCUCCCAACACACACAACAUCGCCAUCAUUAGACAAAUACAAAAAUCAGCUACUUUAACAAUUACACAUUGAUACUAAUGAAAUCAUGGGGGAGGUAUUAUGCCUGAUUGCCCUCUACUCAUUUUUACAGAGUUUACUCUGGUUUCCUUUACUUGUUUGUUCUUCUGAGGAAAGAAAUUCACUGAAAUCAUUCAGAAAAUAACAGAAAGAAGAAACCCUUCAUUCACAAGGGGCUGCUUGACCAGCAUAUUGUACGCCCCCUGAAUGGAACAUUUCAGCACAGAGAUGCUAUGACCUCCUGUACCUCCAGGAAACAUUGUAGGAUAGCACCUUAUAGAUCGUUGAUAUUGAAUGUACUUGUAUUUUCCCAGCUAUUAAAAUUUGUAUGUACAAUGAUCUUUACUCUUUGAGACGUAAAGUGCACUUUUUCUGCUUUUACUCACCCCUCAACAGUCACCUCAUCAUUUCAAAAAGUCUCUCACUGUAGUUCUCUUUGAACCUUUUUAUUGUGUUGAGUUGUCUUGAAAUAAAAAAUAUGACUUCAUUUCAAAAGAGAGAGCAGAGACACAACAUGCGUUGUGAUGAUUUCAUGCCUACAGUAAAGUGGUGAUUAAGUAAUUUGCCCAAUUUAACAAAACACUGCAAUUAGAUCAGAUAAUCAGAUUUGAAACCCCUGCACCCCACUACACGCCAGACUAUCCCCGAUUCUGUGUUAUAUGCUAUCAUUAUGUAAAACCUUGCUUUUCAAAUAUUUGACAAAGGCGAGAAAGAAGCUGUGGUCAUGUGACCAUCAGUUAUGAUCAUUGCUGUUUUAAGAACUUUAACUUUAUCUUGGCCUGUUUUCUAAGAAAAUAAUUCCUGCAACUGUAGUGUUGUUCAGCUUUUUAAGGUUUCACACAUGGCUGAAUAAACAGAUGAUUUUCAUUGUAUUUUGCAUACAUAACAUUGCUUUUGUAGUUUUCUUCAGCUGGUUUUGCCUCAAAUCUGUUAUCAACUGUUAUAUAAAGUGUCAUGUGCGUCUGUAAAUAGGUUUUUGUGAAUAUACCAUAAAGUAUACAUGUCUAUGUCAAUGUUGUUGAAGUCUAUGGAUUUUUUAAAAAAGAUUUAACUGAGCAACUGUUGCACAUUUCGUUAAUGCUUUACACAUAUGCUGUUCUAAAUUAUUGCUGAUGAGUUGUAAAAUAAAUAUAAAAACUAAA